ACAAUUUCCUUUCCUGUUUCAAGCACACAGAAAUCUGAGCAUAGAAGCUCGGUUGUUUAUAAAUACAUAUUUUCAGCAGAAUUCCAUUGGUUCCUCUCUUCUCCGAUUAACUUAUUUUCAUUAUAAAGUAUUUCCAUGGACAAGCAAUUAGCAUCAGGAGCAGUUCCAGCUGAGAGGAGUGAAAGACAGCGCCCGCCGAUUCCAAAGGCAGCACCUUGGCUUGUUUUUCCGCACGGAAAAGGUAGGAAAUUUCAGAGCUUUUAUAAUCCAUGCGAACCUAAUUACAGAAAUUGUAUUAAGUCUAUUCCAGAUGCGUGGAAAAGUAUAUUAUCAUAAAACUUGUCAUCGAGGAUGGCUAAUUGUUAUUGGUAAUGUUAAGGAUAAUGCUGAGUAUUCUGUGGCUGAUGCUAUAAAUUUAGAUGAUUGUUUCCUGUGGAACCCUGUAUCAUCUGAAACUAUACAGUUACCUAAUCUCGAUCGUCUGUCUUUCAGUACCGAAUCAAAAAAUUACUUUAUGUUCGACUUGGUAUUAUCCUCACCACCUCUUCCAAGUACUUGUAAUAAUCCUGGCAAUGAAGACAGCUGCACGGUAUUCCUCAUUUUUAGAGGUAUGAAUGAUGAAGUUAGUCAUGAUAAGCACAUUCUAGUAUUUUGUCGACCUGGGGACGAACAAUGGAGAACAAUGGAAUUGAAUGACCAGUCUGACCCCGAAGGCGAUUUUUCCAAAUUCAUUGAUUCCUUGCUUUGCUUUCAAGGUAAAUUAUUCGCAUUCGGUGAUGCUGAGAAUUGGGUUAUGGAGAUCGAAAUACAAAAUCUAUGGCAUCAUGUUGUAUUUGAUAAAGAAACCCAAUUUCUUAGAAAAUUCAAGGUAGAGGUACCUCAUUUCCCAAUAAUAGGAGGAGGUGAGGAGUUGGAGUUCCGUCGUCACAUGGAAGAUUGGGUUGAAUCUGGAAAUGAUAUCUUUAAAAUUGUUUUAAAUUGCAGCCCAAGAGGUUAUAGAAAAGUUGCCUCGACACAUAUAUUCAAGUUGGAUUUCUCAUCAAUGACUUGGGUUUUGUUGAAGUCUUUGGGUGAUCAUGUUCUCUUUUUGUGCACAAACAUGGACGCGUUAGGCUUAACCUCUAGAAAGUGUUAUUCAACUUCCAGUGCGUAUUGCUCAGCAGCUGAUAUGGGUCUUGAUAGGGGUUGCUUGUUUUAUACAUUACCCGAAGAUCAAACCUUGUAUACAUUUGAACCAGAAGACAAUGCUACCACGGUUAUCAUGCCGUGUUUGAAGCUUCCAACGCCAUGGUUUCUACCUACUUGGGUAAUGAUGCCCACCACAGUGAACAAGCAAGUUGCUGGAAGAAGGAGAAGCAUAACAGAUCUUCUUGUGAGCCAAGAUACGACAGAAACCAGCAUAGAGGAGGAGAACAUUGGCAAGGUAAAUUAUAGCAGCAGAGAAUUAGAAGCAUUAAAACAGUGGGAUUUUCUUGAUGAUUAUGACAGUACAGAGGAGAUAGCGAGAUUUCUCCAUCCUGUUGAUUACAUUCAUUUUCGUGUAGCCUGUAAACGAAAUUCUAUUUUUCUCCCCGGAUUGAACCAAAUAUCGGCUUCUACAAAGACCACAGCAAAUACAUAUUUAUCUCCAUGGCUGAUUUCUAUCUUUGAAGAUAAUGAAGAGACCAUCUGCAAUAUUGUAGACCCGAUGCAUAACAAUGAAAAGUACCUCAUGAAACUAUCCAAUCCUUUGCUUGUUGGUGCUAUAAUCCGUUUUUCAAAAGAUGGGUGGUUUCUCUUGUCUAAAGGGAAAAAAACUGUAUUCUGCUACAAUCCCUUCACAAGAGCAAUGAUCUGUCUUCCAGAUGUACCUGAUUAUUAUGCACUUGGUGGAAUGUCAUUCUCGUCGGUACCUACUUCUCGCGAUUGUGUGGUGAUUGCCAUCUCCAAUUGGUGGGAAAUAGGAGGUGACAAUGAGAUAUCCUUUUUGGUCACUGAACCGGCGAAAAGUGCAACUGGUUGGACUGUUCAUAAAUUUGAUUAUGAAGAUAGCUCCACUGUGAACAAUAUUAUGGCGUGUAUGUACAACUUUAUGCCGUGUAUUAACAGCCCGGUUUUCUAUAAAGGAGCUUUCUACUGCUUAGAUUAUAAUGGAAUAUUAGGAGUUUUUAAUAUGAAGGGUGAUUCCAGUUGGAAAGUACUGUCAAAGUCCUUGAAACAAUUCAGUGGUUUUUAUCCUAGUUAUCUGGCGGAGUGUGAUAAAAAGCUUUUACUAGUGCAUUUGGGACAGAGUGGAAAAUCGGUUGAUAUUUAUAGAUUGGAUGAUUCGGAGGUCUGGGUUAGACUGAACAGUUUGGGAAAGCAUUCAUUGUUCAUCAGCAAUACAUCCAGUUUUUCAGCAGUGGCUCCACGUAGUUGCAUGGAGAACAAUAUCUACUUCCCUAGAUUAAAAGGCGAAAGAAUUUUAUACUAUUCUCUUGAUACAUGCAGGUAUCAUUUUGUAGGGGGUAAUCAACAUUCUUCGCAAGAUUUUCAUAAUACGAAGGAAAGAUCAAACUGCACUUGGGUUGAGCCUAGAUGGUCUUAGGCAAGUCCUAAUCAAGAGCCUGAACUAUGGUGGAACCAGGCUGCCACUUAGCAUCUAAAAGCCAGUAGUAGUUGCAUCUCGUAACUUCUAGUACAAAAGUGUAUACUAGGCUUAUGUAUUUAUGGUGGAACCAGACUGGCUGCACAGGUGCUUUGGGGUAAAUUUCUUUGGGUCUCACUGUACUAUAUUGAACAGUACAUGCACUGUGGUCCACUGACUAAGGAGGGGCUGAAGGAAGAGCACUGGCUCUGCUUUGAACAUCCCAGUUUGAUAUGAUGUAUAUUGAGUGUUGGUCUUUGGGUUAGCUUAUAUUCUGGAGUUCGAACUCAUGGCAGACGAACUUCUGAUGAGUAACUCUAAGAUCCAGGUUCUUGGUGCUCUGCGCAUGUCUGUGAAAGUGCAUCUGGUAUCGAAAUAAGAAUUGCUUAUUGAUGGUGGUGGAGAUGCAUCGUUGCAACAUCUUUUCUCGAGGCUAGCAACUUGCUUGUUUUCAGGGUUGCACAGGAGGUGUGGGUUGAGUCAUGUUUUGAGUAGCGGAGUUAUCGGUGGUGGUGGUGGUCAUGGUGGUAAAGGUGGUGAUGGAUAUUCUGAUGGCACUUUUGCUGACGUCGGUGUUGCAUAUGGAAAGGCUGAUUUGCCUUGUGAACUUGGUAUUGGAAGUGGGAAUGCUAGGUUCAAUUUAUCUACUAGUGGUUGCGGUAUUAUUGGUAAGCCUAUGGAGAUGGUUUAUUCUCAGAACUCAGGCAACAGCUAUGGGUUCACUGUUGCAUUCAUUGUCCAAGUUCGUCUGUUUAUGGCACGCCCAGAGCAGACGGCGAACGUUCUGGCAAGAAUAACAGAAACCAAGAUUAUGGGAAUGCAAGCUGUUCAAAAGAGGUCUAGGGGGUGGUCCUGGUGGAACUGUUCUCUUGUUUUUGCAUACGCUCACACUCAAUGAUGUUGCCGUUCUUUCCAGUGUUGGGGGACAUGUCAGUUGUGAUGGUGGUGGGAGUGGAGGUGGUGGAAGGGUUCAUUUUUAUUAGUCUGACAUUUCUGCUGGAGAUGAGUAUCAGCUGCUAGCAAGUGUACGAAUGGAGGAUCAGGUAGAGAUAAUGGGCUUGAUGGGAAAGUGGGACUGUAACAGGAAAAACUUGGAACCCUGAUUUUGGGCAUACCUAAAUCUUUCUAGGCAUACAAAGCAAUAGUCCUAACUUGGGUGACCUUAUAAGGGGUACCCUAUGGGUAGUUCAAUUACCUAUAUGCCCUUAAAUCUUUUAAAUUACUAAUCUAUCCCCAACCCUAAUACAAAAACCUAUAAUCAAUAAAUCUAAAAUCAAUUUCAUUCACCUUCUUCUUCCUCUCCACAGCAGCCAAACCCGUUCAUCUUCUCCAAAAAAAUGUUCAUCGCAUCAUCGGCGAAAUUUGAUCGUCAAUUCGUGAAAAGUUAAUUGACGAUUAAACUCAUCUAUAUAAUGGGUCGUCGUAAGCAAGUAUCUCGUUCUAAUCGAUCAAUUGAACAACCUGUUGAACAAGAAGAAGAAGAAGAAAAUUUAGAGAGUGAAGAAGAAACUGAAA